AUGAACACCCCGGAGUCGGCAAACAUCUCCACGAAGAGCAGCGAAGCGCGCCCAGGGCAAAGGAUGUUGCUUCUCUUGCUCCUCCUGCUCCUCCUGGUUAAGCUGAUGCCGCCAGUGCCGCCGCUGCUGGAACAUGCGCAGCCCAUCUCUUCACCAGGGACGGAGGAGCUCAAUGCGCGUCGCGCGCUGGCUAUCCGGAGAAGUUGGACGACGGACUUCAACGGCGUGAACUUCAUCGACUAUGCUGCCAGCCAGGCUCACUUCCAAAGCCGCCUUCCCGACGACGAAGUCCGAAGACAGAAGCGCGACUUCUUGAGCCAGAUGCACGUGGACACAGCACUAGAUCCAGAGUUUUCCCGAGGCCAAGGGCCACAGAGCUGGCCCUCCUCCAAGAUAGGUCAGAGGGAAGCGCCGAACUGGUCUCCGUCAAUGGGCCGCGGAGGGCGGCCACCCAUGCGGGCGGACCCCAUGCCGAUGGAGCGUGGCAUGGUGCAUGGUGGACGAGACCCGAGGUUCGAGGAUCCGUAUCCUCCGAUGGAACCUCGGGUGCCGCAAGCGUUUCAGGGAGAACGCGGCUUUGACAUCGACCCGUACGAACGCGGACCUCCGAUGGCCGUUGACCGGCGUGGCGACCGCGGUAUGCGGGGACGAGAUGACUUUGACAUGCGCAUGGCCAUGGGACGAGGCUCACCGUCCAUGCAGAUGCCACCGUCCCCGAACGCGAGAGACCCGUACGGCGGUGGCUACCCGGAUCCCGGCUACUCGGAUCCAGGCUACGAUGAUCCGUAUGAUCGACAGUCGCUGCACCUCGAUCGCGACCCAGGACGGUCCUACGGCGGAUAUCCAGAUAGAGGUGUGCCCUACACUCCAGAGGAGGACAGAUAUGACCGCCGCCCCUCGCGGAGAAGUCCUGGUGGCGGCGACGAGUGGGGCGGUCUCGGCCUCGACCAGGCGCUGCCCAAGCAGGCACCGAUCCCUGGCAACGUGGCCCGCCUCUAUGCAGAGGGCGGAUCCCGGGGCACCCCGCCAGGUUCUCGGGGGUUCCGUGGAUUCGAGGCACCAGAGCCGGAGGUUCCCCACGCAUCGGGGCCCUCCAAGGGCGGCCGCGCCAAUGUUCGUGAUCCAAACGCCAGCGCCGAGUGGGGUGGACUUUCCCUGGGCGACGUCAUGGAGCCCCGGAGGCCCGAGCCGCGUCCCAAAGCGCGGGAGCGACCCGCUGUUCAGGAGGAGGCGCCUCCGGUUGAACCACCGCGGGCCGCCUGGCGGGGCGACCUCUUUGAUGACGGGCCAGGCCCCCAAGGAGUGCCGCCGCUCCCGAGAGCGAGCCAAGGCCCUCGUGAGCCCGCGAAUCGACAAAUGUCGCUCGAAGGUUUCCGAGACGGUCCGGCCGGACCGGACAUGGAUUUUGACGAGGAGCCGCCGGAAGACCGGUUUGCAGAUCCCAGGGAAGACGUCAAGGACGAGCCACCUCCACCCAGGAGGCCUGCCGCCCGGGCACAACGCCCGCCGCCGCAGGAGGAUGUUUGGGGUGGCCGCUCCUUGGGCGAUGCCCUGGCGCCUAAGCAGAAGCCGGCGACACCAUCCGGUGGAUCCACGACAGGCUGCGGUGGCAGCAGUGCUAGCAGUGUGCGCUCGGGCGCGAAGUCAGCACCCUCGGGUGCCAGCAAUCCGGACCCUGGCAGAUCUCCAGACUGGAUCAUGUCUUGGGUCCGAUCCCUGCCCGAGUCGCAUGUACCAGAGAAGACCCGAGAGCACCUCGCCGACCUGAUUGCAGAGAACCAGUUGGACGGACGAGCUUUUUCGGAUUACGUACAGAAAGUUCCUCCUGAGGUCUGUGCCCCGAAGCACGCCAUGAAGCUGAAGGCGGCUUGGUCCAAUGUCCUCAAGGAGGCAGAGGUUGCGGAGAUUGCCGCAGCGUGCGCUGCGGCAAGCCGCCCUACGCAGAAGGCGACGAUGAUCGUCGUUUGA